AUGGCGUCUGAAACGGCGUCGUCCGCGGAUGAGGAGAAAGAAACCCUUGUUUUUUCAGCUGCAGUUGAAGGAGCUACGACGGAUAAAAGAGGCAAACAUCGAAUUCUUGCUGAAUUGAAGCGUCUUCAACAAGAUACUAAGUUUCUUCAGGAAGAAUUAGAAGAACUCGAGAAAACAGAAAACGUGUCGGCUAUAUGCAAAGAAUUGCUGCACAAUGUGGAUAGUAGACCCGAUCCACUACUCCCAGAAAUUCAUGCACCUGUAAACCUCUUAUGGGAUAGAUGGUUUGAAGGGCCUCAGGACGCUCAAGCAUGUAGAUGUUGGAUACUUUGA